UUUCCACCCACUACCUCCCCGCUGCACGUGAGCGUCUAGUGAACCUCCACGCGCAGCGAGAACAAACCGGUUGCUAACAGCUCGAACAUCAAAGACACUCGGCCUAUCUUGAAAGAACACAGGAGGGAAAGAUGGCGGAUGACCCGAACGCUGCGGACAGGAACGUGGAAAUCUGGAAGAUUAAGAAGUUGAUUAAAAGUCUUGAAGCAGCCAGAGGGAAUGGCACCAGUAUGAUUUCCCUCAUCAUCCCCCCAAAAGACCAGAUCUCCCGGGUGGCUAAGAUGCUGGCAGACGAGUUCGGCACGGCGUCCAACAUUAAGAGCAGAGUUAACCGACUGUCUGUGCUGGGAGCCAUCACAUCAGUACAGCAGAGACUCAAACUCUACAACAAGGUGCCCCCCAAUGGCCUGGUGGUGUACUGCGGAACCAUCAUGACUGAGGAGGGCAAAGAGAAGAAAGUCAACAUCGACUUUGAGCCGUUCAAGCCGAUAAACACGUCCCUGUAUUUAUGCGACAACAAGUUUCACACGGAGGCUCUUACCGCACUGCUCUCGGAUGACAGUAAGUUCGGUUUUAUUGUGAUCGACGGCAGUGGCGCUCUCUUUGGAACUCUGCAAGGCAAUACCAGGGAAGUUCUGCACAAAUUCACGGUAGACCUGCCGAAGAAGCACGGAAGAGGAGGUCAGUCUGCCCUGCGAUUCGCCCGGCUGAGGAUGGAGAAAAGGCACAACUAUGUGAGAAAGGUGGCGGAGACGGCCGUGCAGCUGUUCGUCUCCAACGACAAGGUCAACGUGGCCGGGAUGGUCCUCGCCGGGUCGGCCGACUUUAAAACCGAACUCAGCCAGUCGGACAUGUUCGACCCGAGGUUACAAGCCAAAGUGCUGAAACUGGUGGACAUUUCUUACGGCGGAGAGAACGGGUUCAACCAGGCGAUCGAACUGUCGGCCGAGGUUCUCUCUAACGUUAAGUUCAUUCAGGAGAAGAAGCUGAUCGGACACUACUUUGACGAGAUCAGUCAGGACACGGGGAAGUACUGUUUCGGAGUCGAUGACACACUUAAAGCUCUGGAGAUGGGAGCCAUGGAGAUUCUGAUCGUCUACGAGAACCUGGACACCAUGCGCUACGUACUGCGCUGUCACGGAGCAGAGGGAGGCGGGCCCGAAAACGAUGAGAAGACUCUGUAUUUGACACCAGUGCAGGAGAAGGAUAAGUCUCACUUCACAGACAAAGAGACAGGGCAGGAGCACGAGCUCUUAGAGAGCAUGCCGCUGCUCGAGUGGUUUGCCAACAACUACAAGAAAUUCGGGGCUACGCUGGAGAUCGUGACUGACAAAAGUCAAGAGGGCUCGCAGUUCGUCAAGGGCUUCGGCGGGAUAGGUGGAAUUUUGCGAUACAGGGUGGAUUUCCAGGGCAUGGACUAUCAAGUAGAAGACGAGGAGUUGUACAACUUGGAUGACUACUAGGUAGUCGUGACUGAUGACAGCAGAAGUUUCCCCCUUGACAACUCCACGGACAAACAGGAGGAAGGAAAAGACGGUGAAUCUGAGACCUUAAACGCGGCGACCGAGCGCGUUUUGCUCCUCGGCACGUCAUUGACACGUCGCGCAACAACAGUACGGACACGUGAGGAAGUCGUCCGGUCGAGCGCCGUUUCUCAAGCCUCCUUUUUUUUUUUUUUUUUUUUUUUUUUACUGACUCCUGCUGCUGCUGCUUUAUGAGUCCGUGGCAUUUUUAAUAACGUACACGAAAAGCCGAGGGGAUUAACCGCGCGCCGCCGCCUCGAGCUCGUCGUCCUGAUUUCCGUUUCUGCUGCGUGCGAUCAAUCUCUGAGCCAGUUAAAUCUCUGUGACGGACCGGCGCGUAGCCGGAUCGCCCGUCUCCGUGCCACUGAAGACGGACAUGUGUCUCGCUUUAGCCUUUAGGAAACAUCCCAAACUGUUUGAGUGCCUGAAAAAUUUUUAAUGACUGCGCAGUUCACCCGGAUCUGAACUCGGGGGCUGUUUUAAUCUGUGAUUUGGAUUGAUGAGCUGUGAGUUUAUAUUCUCUUAACUGCAAGCUGGAUUAGUGACUUUAGAACACCAGAUCGCACUGGAAGCACUCAAAUUUGUGGAUUUUUCAUCUUCCACUUCCUGCCUUUCUACAUCCGGUCUAUCGACGGGCAGAUUUGGUUUUAGAAAAAUAGGAAGUGCGACAUGAAACUGAUGUAGGACCUUAUCACACUCUUUAUUCUGAUACACUAGACAGCAGGCAAAACCCAUUUAUAUAGUCUAAUGAGAAAACACACACACAAAGGAUGCUUUCUAUUUUAACACAUUAUAUCCUGUAUUUUCUCAUCUCCGUGCCUAAUCCAUCAAUAUUUUGUAUAAAUCAUUUGUUACACGAGGUCACAGAUAUUAAACGUUGUCAUCGUUUGCACAUUG